CAGUAGCAAACUUAUACUGGUUAAUCAUUUCAAGCCUCCGUGCGUCUAGAAAAUUGCACGAUUUCAUGCUAAAUUCAAUCUAAGAGCUCCAAUGGUGUUCUUCCACACCAAUCCAAUUGGACGAAUUAUCAAUAGGUUUGCCAAAGAUCUUGGAGACAUUGAUCGUACUCUUGCCCAUAUUAUGAAUAUGUUUCUUGGACAACUGUGGCAGCUACUGUCAACUUUUGUUCUAAUAGGUCUAGUGAGCCCAAUCUCCCUAUGGGCCAUUACGCCGCUAUUGAUUGUGUUUUAUGCAGUCUAUUUAUAUUAUCAGAGUACCUCAUGCGAAGUCAAACGCUUGGGUUCGAUUACUAGAUCUCCGGUGUAUGCUCAAUUUGGGGAAGUGUUAAAUGGUCUGUCAACUAUCCGUGCAUAUAAGGCAUAUGAUCGAAUGGAAAGCAUCAACGGGAGGUUCGUGGAUAAUAACACCAGGUUUACUCUUGCAAAUAUCAGUUCAAAUCGCUGGCUCACAAUAAGGUUGGAAACAUUAGGAGGCUUUAUAAUCUGGAUGACAGCAACUUUUGCUGUCUUGCAGAACGCAAGAGAAGAAAACCAGGGGGCAUUUGCAUCUACGAUGGGAUUACUUUUAAGUUAUACCCUAAACAUCACAAACUUGUUAAGUGGUGUUCUAAGACAAGCAAGUAGGGCUGAAAAUGGUUUAAACGCUGUUGAACGUGUUGGCAUAUACAUCGAUUUGCCUUCAGAGGCUCCAGCUAUAAUCGAGUAUAACCGCCCCCCUUCUGGUUGGCCUUCAUCUGGAUCGAUUCAUUUUGAGGAUGUUGUCUUACGUUAUAGGCCUGGACUUCCUCCAGUCUUGCAUGGGCUAUCCUUUAAUAUUUUACCAACUGACAAGCUAGGAAUAGUUGGAAGAACUGGUGCAGGAAAAUCAAGCAUGUUGAAUGCAUUAUUUCGAAUUGUAGAGAUCGAACUAGGACGAAUAACAAUUGAUGGCUAUGACAUUGCUAAGGUUGGGCUAACAGAUUUGCGGAAAUCUCUAACUGUUAUACCUCAAUCACCAAUUCUUUUUUCAGGUAUGCUUUGA